UCGCAAAUCUUAUAUGAUGUGAUGAAAAGUAUAUCAACAAUGUGAAAUCUCUAGACCUUGCAAAUAACAUCCUCAUCCCAUCCAUCCUAAAUACCAACUCGACAACACCACAAGUCAAGCACAUCACCACACACCAUAUCUCAUCAUCAUGCCCCAAACAACCGAAACUAAAUUCAAAAUCCUCAUCGCGGCCCUAUCCCAAUUCUCCAAAAACGAAAAUGACUUUCUUCCCACCCCUGAUUACAACAGACUUGCAAGAGACCUCGGAUUGUCUGGUUAUGCUUCUGCGAAAGGAGUAUGGAGAAGAUUAAGAAAUGAACUCAUAAGAGCAGGACAUGAGGACCUCAGGAUUCGCAAUGGGCCAGGAAGACCAAGAUCUCCGGUACGGAGACGAGGGGCGGACGAACUAAUCCCGAGAAAAGAAAUCAGUAAGGCGGAAAAAGAUAAAGUUGGCGCAGAAUCGGAUGGAGAAGUUGUUAUGAAGGAGUUGGAUUCUAUAAACUAUAAGGCCUAGUAUCUGCAUGACGAGGCUUGAAGGUUUUGCGUGCAUUUCUGUUGCAGGAGUUGUAGGUUGGGCUGGAAAGAAAACAAGGAUUGAAAGGCAGAGUGUCGGAGAGCUCCAUUUGUGGAUGGAAAUUCUAGGGAAUGGAAAUGUGUUUCUAGAUGAGCCUA